AUGGCCAAAAAAGAGGCAAAAAGAAAGGAAGGACUGAUAAUGGACUUGGAGCCAGAUAAAACCUUUGCAAGCUUAUGCAAACCUCUCCCUCAGACCCCUCUAAAGAGCCCCAACCCAAAGAAGAGCCGCAUCGAAGUGCACAAGGUAAGAGAGGAAGCUGUAUCCAAUGCUGACAUCUUGAAAGCUAUUAAUGGGCUGAAUGACAGAUUCUCCAAAUUCGAACAAAUGGUGAACAAAAACACGGCGGAGAUUAUUGCCGUGCGGGAUCAAGUGAAAGGUCUUGAAAUACAAAGCAAAGAGACAGAGGUUACUGUGAAGAAGCUGAAAGAUCACAUUGCUGCACUUCAAGAGAAACAAGAGGAGACGGAGAGAUAUAGUCGGCGGUGGAACCUGCGUUUGCUGAAUCUUCCAGAGCAUAGUAAUGAAGAUAUAAGAAAAGAGGUGAUGGAUAUAAUCGCCCUGAUCAUCCCAGAGGAAAAGAACAAAUUCGAGUUCAUGAUAGAUACUGUUCACAGAGUUGGUCGAACAAGAGAUGAAAACCGCUCACGCCCCAUCAUCAUACAGUUCACCAUGCGCACCUUCCGACACAAAGUGUGGAGAGCUUCCCUCAACUCUGAUGUGAUGAAGAAGAAGAAUCUCAGGUUGGCUGAAGAUCUCACCUACAUGGAGAGACAGUGCAGAAAUAAACUGUGGCCAACUGUCAAACAAGCCCGUGACGAGGGAAAGAAGACCAAAUGGAUUGGUCCUGUGGCCAUCAUUGAUGGUGUGUGUGUGUGUGUGUGUGUUGAGGCUGCGUCCUGCCCCUUGGUUGAAGGUCUGUACCUGCAGGAAGCAGACAGUAUGCUGCAGCUGCUGUGCGCCCCCUCACAGCACCGCACGGACAUACUAGCGUGGAUCUGCAGCAGUAUCAGCCCAAGCUUCACCAGUUCAAAGCCGAUGUCAGUGAGAUCCAAGGAGCCUGAUGUUCUGACUAAAGAUAUGGCUGUUCUUGGGCAGGAACUUUUGCUAUGCCGAGCAUCUGAUGUGGACCUGAUUAGGGGUGAUGCAAGUCCGCGGCGGCAACUUCAGUUUCUGGAGCAGCUUUUAGCUUUCGUCCCAGGCUGCGUUAAGUCUGCUGUGCACACAGCUGAUGGAGAGCUGCUGCUGAAGGAGUUCUUUGGUGCUGAGAAUCUGCCGCACCUCACACAGACGCUCAGUCCUGCAUUUGACCCUUGGCCUACACACAUCAAGGCUCUGUGGAAGAACACAAAGUCAUCUUAUAAGCCAAACAGAGAAGAAAAUGGAGAUAUUGUUGCCCUUCUACAGGCGACGCAAUCAGCACUGGAGCAGCUGCAGUCAAAGUGUGUAUUCUUGAACAGCGAGGCCCAGAGUCCUCCCGCCUUCUCUCCAAGCUCACUGCGUGUAGCAGCGUCUGACCUCCAGCAACUGAUGGCCACCUUCAGCCAUGUUUAUGAGACAGACCUGAGAGUUUACUGCAGCAGAGACCCCCCCAGCUUCAGCUCAGAGACAGAAGUCUUCCAGAGGGUCCAACAGCUGCUGCUGGCCUGCAACACGGAGCUGGAAAUGCUGAAGGAAGUGUCAGAAGCUUCUGAGUCGGUGAGCGAGGAGGUGAAGCAGCUUCAAACGCAGCCUCGCUACUGGAGCCGAGGAGAGAAGCACACGUUACCUGAUCAACUGGAGAAGGUUAUCGGGCGAAUUGGAGGCUUUCUGUCUCAGCUUAGUUCAUAACGUCAUUCAGAGGGAUGCACUCAUCAGAUUCACUGAGGCUCUGGUGGUGUUAAGACGGAGACAACACAGCUUGGACGUGUUUCACAGAGGUGUAAGGGACAGACGUGUAAGGGACAGACGUGUGUGUGGUCACUGCAGUCAGACACCCUGUUUAAUCUGAGCAUGACUGACAUGUUGUGUGAAACAGAAAGUGUCACUGUUGGUGAGUCGAGAGUUUUUACAUCGUUUUUUUGGAGAAAUCAGUGAUGACAUUAAACAUGUUGCUAUGCUUCUUUGUUUCAUGAUGAUUACUGAAACUGACCAUUUUACACUCAGUGGUCACAUCACAUCUCACUGCAGCCGUGCUGGGAAGUACUCCAGACCAGAGUGGGAAGAGAGUAUGUUCCCUACAGUUGGGGUGAAGGAAGCGCCAUGCGUCGCAAAGACCAAAAUCACUCAUGUACUGUCUGAUUAUUAGGAUUCAACUUCGUCAUUACACAUGUAUAAAUACAGGGUAACAAAGUACAGUAUAAAUACAGAAUAACUGGUGGACAGUCGAGUUCCUGCUGUAUUGAGCUUGUUCACGUCUUCAUUAGUCCAAAGCUGAAGUCGCCCCAGAGAACAAGGGCACAGUCUAGGUGCUCGGAGAGUAACAAACAUGGAAGAAUGAGGGGUCAUCAGUAUCUGGGUCAUAUAUACUGCUAUUCAAUUAGAAAUCUACUCUCCUAAUCUGUAACUGAGUACUGUGAAAUUCACAUUUAUUCUAUAUUUUGUUAAACACUCGACUACAUGUUAAGAAAGCAGAAAUGAAAACAU